AUGAACUUUGCGUUGACCUGCCAUUAUUAUCAUCCCUCUCAAUCGCUUAUCUUGGAUGUUACUGAUCAAAACUGGAAGAAAGUUUUCACAGAGGCAGAGUUACACGAGAUAGAAACCAAAGGGGGGCCACUUGAAUGCAAUGAUCCCGAAGAACUUCAACGAUAUUAUUUGGACUUGAAAGGGCUGAAAACAAGCGCUGAAGUGUUUAAAUAUGCACGAAGUAUCGAAAUCAAUGAUCCAUCAGCUGAACAUUUGAAAGUUUGGUUUUCAUCCGAGUUGAUGAAUGUUGCGCGCCUCUUCUUAAAAACACAUUCUUUUGAUAUUCUGAGUAUACCUGAAACAGAUCAACAGUAUUUGCCAUUUGGUUUCUUUGGUACUGCAUUUCAUGGAUCUGGUAUUGUAGCAAAAGGUACCGAAGUCUCUAGUGAAGCAAAUGCGAAUGCGGUAAACUCAUCUCGCCAACUGUCAUCAGUCACAGCAAUAUCAAAUCGAAAAAUGGGUCGUCGUGGAGACACGAUGUUCAAGUAUGGGUCAGAAGAACUUGGAUGUUCUGAAGUAGGUGCUACGCGAGACCAAACUAAAGCAUUCUGUGACUGUUCAAUGAAGAUGCCGCUAGUUUUGAGGGACAUGUUGCUUUCGGUUACUUAUGAUUCGAGCCUUCUUCAUACAGCUCAUGUUAUUGGUUAUAGUAUUACAGAGUUGGAAGUCUUGGCAGUCCAGCUUAAGAACAAACUCGAAAUCAGAGACCGAGCUGAUCGACAACAGCAUGAAAGACCAGAACUACCCCAAGAGAUUAAGCAAGAUUUGGAAGCCUAUUCGAUCGCAGAACUGGAAAAUAGUUUCAAGGUCUUCAGAUACGAGAUCUCACAAAAUAUGACGGAGACGCGUGGACAAGGUCCGGAGGCAUCCAUAAAAUCUACCGGAGCAACCGAGAUUUAUGAAGACCUACAGUACAUCAUUGAAAGAGAAGACACGAGUAUCGACCCUCAAGAACUCAAGACGACUAUGGAAAAAGCUAGACGACUCGCCGUUUAUGGAAACGCAACAGGCAAACAACAGGAGCGAGAAGCACGAACCAGUAUUGCAAAGGCAUUCAGGUUACCAGCAAGUAUCCGAGCCUAUGAAGAUGAAGAAUAUGCUAACAAGGACAUGGCAUUCGAUGCCGAGAUGGUCCAACGAAUCGAGAAGGCUCGACAAGAACAACAACUUAUCAGAGCAGCUAUCAACAAUAGAGGAGGAUACGGUCAUGGAGGAGGUCGAGGCCGAGCUUGUUUCGACAGGGCCAGCGGAUAGAAUAGCACCAGGGGGCCGUUUACUGGUAUUGGCAACAGAGAAUCAAACAUCCGUGGGCGGUUUCAGUAGUGAAGGAAGGAUACCGAUUGCCUUUCGAUAGGGUACCACAACCGUGGCACAAGGGGCCUGUGUGCCGUUCUUUAGUGGAACAAACACAAGUGGACCAAGCAGUACAACAGUUUUUGGCAACCAAGGUGAUCGAACGCUCACCCACUCAGGACAGGAGGUUUCAUUCUACAUUUUUUACGAUCCAAGAAGCUGCGAAAAUUCGGCCGACACCCACUCCCCUUUUGUUUGUAUGUUCCCCAGUCGCUUGUAUAUGAUACAGCUAUAGCAUAUAUGCUUCACGUAUUUUGGACUUUCGACCUAAUAAAGAAAAAAUG